AUGGAGUGCCUGAGCAAAAUUAACCUCAUACAGAAGGUGAACGCCGAGCUUUACAAAAGUCUUGGGGUGGAAGAUGACAACUUAGCAGAAUAUCUAAUCUACCUGUGUAAGAAGGCCAAAUCGUUGGAAGAGUUUUGUAAAGACGUGUUUGAAAAUGGAGGGGAAAUUGAGCAAUCUGUGCUUAAGUACCUCUACGAUAUUAUUAAGCUCCCAGGUGGGGAAUCGGCGGGUAAGGCAUCCGGGGGAAAGGGAACCAGUAAAGAUGCUACCGAGGAGGAAGAAGAGGAUGGAGUGGACAAGGAGAGAAAGAUGGAGAUGAAAAUGAUUGAAAAGAAAAACGAGAAGAUGAAAAGGUUCCACUGUUUGACCAUUAAGAAUGAUGAACAGAUGACCAGGCUGUCUGACGGAAGCGGUGCGGAGGGGGGUAGUGACACAGCCACAGGUGGGGGGUCUCGACCUCGGAAAAGGAGCCACCACGGGGAUGAGAAGCACAGCCAUGAUGGAAAGCAUAUCCAUGGUAAGGACCGGCAUGGGGACCGCCAUAAGGAUAGUGACCGCCAUGAACAUAGGUCCCACCAUAGAGAUAGUGACCGCCAUAGGGAUAGGUCCCACCAUCGACAUAGAAGCCACAGCCGGGAUGGAGACCGCAAAAGAAGGCGGCACGAAGGGGGGGCGGAUACACGCUCCCUACGGGUGAACAACAUUUUCACUGGAAAGGUGAGUAAAAUUAUGGACUUUGGCAUGUUCGUCUCGUUCAGAACCGAACCGGAGGGGUACAAAGAAGGACUGGUACACUGCACGGAUAUACUACCAAACAGAAAACGAGUAGUAAAUAUGAGUGAAAAAUUUCAAAAGGGAAUGAAAGUGAAGGUAAAGGUGAAGGCAAUUUUCGGAGAAAAAAUAAACUUAAAUAUGUCAGAGGUGGAUCAGAAAACGGGAAAAAAUCUCGUCAGUGAUGAUGAAAACGACGGUGACGCAGCAAGUACACACAGAGGUGGAAAAGGUGAUGGAAAAAAUGCGAUAUCCCUUUUUGACGACCUGCAUGAAGACUACAAAGAGUUGAAAAAGCACAACUCAGACGUAUUCAAAGAGGAUCCAAAGGAUACAAUGAAAUAUGAGAGCGUCAUAAAAAUGCAAAGUGAUUACUCCAAGUGGGAAAUACAACAACUGAUAAAAGGUGGCAUAAUCUACGAUGAGCAAAUAAAAAAGGAAUAUAAAAGUUUACGGCAUGAUGAGAAAAUUGAAGACGAAGAAGAAAUAAUAGAAAUUGAGGUGAAUGAAAGGGAGCCAGCUUUUCUAAAAGGACAAACGACUAAAGCGGGGGCGAAGUUGUCACCCAUACAGGUUAUUGUUAACGCAGAAGGGUCUCUAGCCAGGGCCAUAACUACCACCUCUGCUUUGGCAAAAGAAAGAAAAGAACAGAAACAAAAUGAACAGAACGCCAUUUAUGAUAGCAUCCCCAAGGAUAUUAGUAGACCAUGGGAAGAUCCUAAACCUGAGUUGGGGGAAAGAACCAUAGCAGAGGCAUUAAAAAAUAUUGGAAAAAAUUAUGACCUCCCAGAAUGGAGAAAAAAUUACCUACACAAUAAUAUUUCCAUUGGGGUUAAAAAUCCUAUGCCUGUAAAUGAGCAGAGGGAAAAACUACCAAUUUACCAUUUGAAAAAGGACCUAAUGAAAGCCAUUGCUAAGAAUAAUGUUCUUAUAGUUAUUGGAGAAACGGGAAGUGGAAAGACAACACAAAUUCCGCAAUACUUACAUGAAGCCAACUAUACCGAUAAGGGCAUCGUUGGAUGUACCCAGCCAAGAAGAGUGGCUGCAAUGUCUAUUGCCAAACGAGUGAGCGAAGAGUUUGGGUGCAUUCUGGGUCAGGAGGUUGGUUACUCCAUCCGUUUUGACGACUGCACUUCCAAUGACACAAUUAUAAAAUACCUCACCGAUGGUAUGCUCCUCCGGGAGACCCUCAGCGAUACCAUGCUGUCCAAAUACUCCUUCAUCAUACUUGAUGAAGCCCAUGAGCGGACCAUCUCAACGGAUAUCCUCUUCUGCCUUUUGAAGGACGUCGUGAAGAGGCGACCCGACUUCAAGCUGAUCGUGACGUCGGCCACGCUGGACGCAGAGAAAUUUUCCACCUACUUUUUCAACUCACCCAUUUUCACCAUCCCGGGGAAGAUCUUUCCAGUAGAGAUUCUGCACUCGAAGGAACCCGAAAGCGACUACGUGGAGGCCUGCCUCAUCACCGUCCUGAACAUCCACCUGAACGAGCACCCAGGAGACAUCCUCGUUUUUUUAACAGGCCAAGACGAAAUUAAUACUGCGUGCGAAAUUUUGCAUGAAAGGAUGAAGAAGCUGGAAAGUAUGUCCCCCCCGCCGUUGAUCAUUCUGCCGAUUUAUUCAUCCCUCCCCUCGGAGAUGCAAAGUGUUAUAUUCGACCCGGCUCCACAGGGGUGCAGAAAGUGCGUCUUGGCUACCAACAUAGCAGAAGCUAGUUUAACAAUAGAUGGAAUAUUCUUCGUCAUCGACCCUGGGUUUUGUAAAAUUAGGAAAUAUGACUCGAAGAGGGAUAUGGAUUCCUUAGUGGUUGCUCCAAUUUCGAAAGCGAAUGCGAAGCAGAGAGCAGGUCGAGCAGGCAGAACAGGUCCUGGGAAAUGUUACCGUCUCUACACGGAGGAUGCGUAUAAAAACGAAAUGGCAGAAACGAGUAUCCCAGAAAUACAGAGAAUAAAUUUAGGCAGCACAGUACUAUUAUUGAAGGCACUUGGGGUGAAUGAUUUUCUUCACUUUGACUUUAUGGACUCCCCUUCAGUAGACACACUUAUCCAUUCGUUGGAAAAUCUAUACUACCUAGGAGCGUUAGAUGAUAACGGGUAUUUAACAAAGCUGGGGAAGAAAAUGUCCAACUUUCCUAUGGAGCCAAAUUUGUCUAAAAUUUUACUAACGUCAAUAAACUUUAAUUGUGCAGAUGAUGUAGUUACCAUAGUUAGUAUGCUGAGUGUUCAGAAUAUUUUUUAUAGGCCACAAAAUAAGGCCCUUUUAGCAGAUAAAAAAAAAAAUAAAUUUCUCAUGCCACAGGGAGAUUUAAUCACCUACCUUAAUAUAUAUAACAGAUGGAGAGAAAACAACUACUCUAAUUAUUGGUGUCAUGAAAACUUCAUACAUUCGAGGGCAUUGAAAAGGUCACAAGAUGUACGGAAGCAAAUUCUUUCCAUUUUUGAGAGGUACAAUUAUGAGGUGGAAAAGAAUCGAAGCAGAAAUGACGCCGCCAAGUAUGUAAGUAUUUGCAAAAGCAUCUGCUCAGGGUACUUUAGCCAUGUCUGUAAAAGGGACGCUCAGCAAGGGUAUACUACCCUCUUAACAAACCAACAGGUUUUUAUCCACCCGUCUUCCACUCUGUUUAAUAAGAACCCGCUCUUCGUAGUAUACCAUGAGUUGGUUCUCACGAACAAGGAAUACAUUCGAGACUGUACCAUUAUCCAACCCCAGUGGCUGAUUCAGCUGGCACCUAAUUUGUUCAUCCCUGCCGAUGAGAAAAAAAUCUCCAAAAUUAAACUACGCGAGAAGAUCGAGCCUCUGCAUAAUUAUUAUGAGGAGCCCAAUGCGUGGCGACUUUCCAGGCGCAAGGGCUAG